AUGAGAAUACCCAUUGUCAGCAGGCAAAAUCUCCACUCGUGUCAGCUUGGUGCAUGUGAGGUGUCAUGGUUGCCGGCUGCCUUCUUUGCAGCGUGCGUUGCUGCAGUGGAAUGGAGAUGGAGGCCUUUCGGCGCUCCGCAGCCUUGGGAUGGUGAUAGCUUCACUCCGCUUCCAAGGCAGGCUCUCUUUUGCUCGAAUUCGUCUGAUCACAAGCACGUUCCGUCAUCUUCAUCGGAUUGCAUUCUCUUCUCAUACCUGAAGGACACGGUGGUGUCCCAUUUCUGCGCAGCUGCCACGGGUAUCUCGAUUCUCGAGCCACUUCGCGCUUCUUCCGCUCCGACCUUCUCACUUCACGCUCACGAAGAGCUCUACCAAUCGCUGCCAAUCUGA